CGAGUUGGUUUCGUGCAACACACAUUUAAGACUUUCUAUAAUUUAUUUUUAUUUUAUUUUGCACGGAAUGAAGCUGUUAGUAGCUAUUGUUGUUAUGUUAGCCGUUGGUGGUAACACUCUGGGUAUAAUUCCCAUAACGGAAUGGGCUGGGUCUGAAAUAAACCGCAAGCAGGAGCUGGCCAACCCCGUCAACAUGGUGGUGAUACAACACACAGCGUCUAAAGACUGCUACUCCGACAAGUUAUGCCUGCAGACAGUCAACAAUAUCCGGGGAUACGUUAUGAAGAUUGGAUUCGACGACAUUCCUUACUCUUUCAUGGUGGGCGGCAACGGGAAGGUGUACGAAGGCGCGGGCUGGCACCGCGUCGGCGCUCACACCAAGGGCUACAACGACAAGGCUAUUGGCAUCGGCUUCAUUGGCACUUUUGUUGAGAAACUACCAAGCCCUGAAGCCCUGAAAGCAGCCAAAGAGCUGAUAGAGUAUGGUGUCCAGAACAACCACAUCGCUGGUGACUACAAGCUAUUUGGCCAUAGACAACUGUCCAGCACUGUCAGUCCUGGAGAUUCCUUGCAGAAGGAGAUCGAAGGCUGGCCUCACUGGGCAAAGAACUAAUAGAACAUAAUAUGUACCUAAUUUAUUUAAAAACUUCUAUAUUGUGAUGUGAUGCCAAAUAUUAGGAUUAAAUAUAUUCGUCAGUAUUAGAA